UUAACAAUUGGCAAAGAGAAGACAACGGACAUUAUUUACGGUAACAUUCAUCGUCACCACUAACUCCUCCCCAAGCUCUCCCUUACUAUAAAUACCCAGACCACUCUUCAUUCUCAAUCUCUCUUUUUCCUCUCUGCGACUAAUUUCUGUACAUCGGAUUCUAUCAUCGGAAAUCAACCAUGGCCGCUGCAAUCGAGAAGCUCCCUCAGCUCAAAUCCGCCACCGAUGGACUUAAUGAGAUGAGCGAGAAUGAGAGAAGCGGAUUCAUCAACCUCGUCUCACGUUACCUGAGCGGUGAGGCUCAGCACAUUGAAUGGAGUAAGAUCCAGACACCUACUGAUGAGAUCGUUGUUCCUUACGAUAAAAUGGCUAACGUCUCCGAAGAUGCUUCCGAGACCAAAUAUCUGUUGGACAAGCUUGUUGUGCUAAAGCUUAAUGGGGGUUUGGGAACGACAAUGGGAUGCACAGGUCCAAAAUCGGUUAUCGAAGUUCGUGAUGGUUUGACAUUUCUGGACCUGAUUGUUAUCCAGAUCGAGGUUUGUCGUUUUUUCGUUUCGUUUGUUCUAAUCUUAAUGCCUUUACAUAACCUCAUAUAUCGCUUUCCACCACAGAAUCUCAACAACAAGUAUGGCUGCAAGGUUCCCUUGGUUCUCAUGAACUCAUUCAAUACACAUGAUGACACCCAAAAGAUUGUGGAGAAGUACACCAACUCGAAUGUUGAUAUUCACACUUUUAAUCAGAGCAAGUAUCCUCGUGUUGUUGCUGAUGAGUUUGUGCCGUGGCCUAGCAAAGGAAAGACUGACAAGGAUGGCUGGUAUCCUCCUGGUCACGGUGAUGUAUUCCCAUCCCUCAUGAACAGUGGCAAGCUUGAUGCUUUCUUAUCACAGGGUAAGGAGUAUGUCUUCGUCGCCAACUCAGACAACCUUGGCGCUAUCGUUGACUUAAAAAUCUUGAAGCACCUGAUCCAGAACAAAAAUGAGUACUGUAUGGAGGUUACACCCAAAACUCUAGCUGAUGUAAAGGGAGGAACUCUCAUCUCCUACGAAGGAAAAGUACAGCUUUUGGAGAUUGCUCAGGUUCCUGAUGAGCAUGUAAAUGAAUUCAAAUCAAUUGAGAAAUUCAAGAUUUUCAACACAAACAACCUUUGGGUUAACUUGAAAGCCAUCAAAAAGCUUGUGGAAGCUGACGCGCUUAAGAUGGAGAUCAUCCCAAACCCGAAGGAAGUCGAUGGAGUCAAAGUUCUACAACUGGAAACGGCAGCUGGUGCUGCGAUAAGGUUUUUUGAUAACGCAAUCGGUGUGAAUGUACCUCGGUCACGGUUCUUACCAGUAAAGGCAACUUCAGAUUUGCUUCUUGUUCAAUCGGAUCUCUACACUCUCGUGGAUGGUUUUGUUACACGAAACAAAGCUAGAACAAACCCCACCAACCCAGCUAUCGAAUUGGGACCCGAAUUCAAAAAGGUCGCUAGCUUCCUUAGCCGGUUCAAGUCCAUCCCGAGUAUAGUUGAGCUCGAUAGCCUUAAGGUCUCUGGUGAUGUCUGGUUUGGAUCCGGCGUUGUUCUCAAGGGCAAAGUGUCGGUGAAGGCAAACUCUGGGACUAAACUUGAAAUCCCCGACAAUUCCGUGGUCGAGAAUAAGGACAUCAACGGUCCAGAGGAUCUGUGAAGAAGUUUAAUGAACUUUGAUGCGUCUUCUUCUUUCUUAAUACACGAAAGCACUUUUAAUGAAACUUUUGUCCAAGUGAAAUGAUCACAAGAAUAACGAGAAGCGAUGUUUUCUUUUUGCAGCUUAGCCCCCCAAAAAAGUACGUUUAUAAAUUUUACUAUUUUCUUCUUUUUCCCUACAUGAGUUCUUUCUUUUGUUUGUUGAUGAGAAGUUUCUCACGCCUUUUUGGAUAUAUGUAAUAUGUACUAUUUCGUCCCCAUCUGAGAGUUCAAUUAUAUAUCUUUAAAAAUAUAUA